AUGGAUGUCGAGAAAAAAGAUGAACAGCCACUCACAACCAUCAUCGCCGACGACAAACACCGCCGGAAACGCAAACGCCGGAGAUGCAUCUGUCUGUCGGUAAUCGCCGUUAUAGUUCUCCUUGCUUUAAUCAUUCUGAUCCUAGCUCUCACCGUCUUCAAAGCCAAGAAGCCCGUCACCUCCGUCAACUCCGUCGCCAUCAGCGAUUUCGAUGUCUCUGUUAACCUCCUUCCGCCUAGGGUUUCAUUAAACAUCUCCCUCGACCUUGACAUCUCGAUUAAAAACCCUAACAAGGUCGGUGUCAAGUACCGAAACAGCUCAGCGAUUCUCCUGUACAAAGACAAAGACAUCGGUGAGGUUCCGAUUCCCGCCGGUGAGAUUGGUUCCGAUGAUACGAAGCGAUUGAAUCUCACGCUCACUGUUUUUGCCGAUCGGUUGCUGACGAAUUUUGAUGUUUAUAGUGAUGUCAUCAGUGGAAGCUUGCCGGUGUCUACCUACACUAAGAUCUCCGGUAAAGCUCGUAUACUUAAUAUGUUCAACAUUCACAUCACUUCUGUGUCAUCGUGUGAUUUGAACAUCGAUAUUUCAAAUCGAAGAAUUUCAAAUCAAACGUGUCAUUACAAGAACAGAUUAUAG